AAUUAAUUUUGAUCCUAACGACUUGCCGUUGCCGACUUGAGCAGCAGCGUGAGCAUCAUAAUAAUACGCGGGAUGCAUUAUAAGCCUUUACGCUCUUUUCUGAUUAUGUCAUAUGUGAGGCGAUUUGUCAGUGUUUUGAAGAAGAAGACAGAUAUUUGCUUUUAAUUAAUGUUUUGCAGCGUAUUAGAGACACUGAGAAGUGAUGAGCUAAAGUUUGAAGAGAAUUGAGUGCGUCAUUGUGAGCGGCUGCGACUCGAGUUUGAAUCAGUUCUUCUAGUCCGAGACAUUUUAAACAAACCUUCAAAAGCCCGUUCAGCGCAUCUCCAGUCUGAUCGGUCAGAGACAGCACUGUCGGUACUGCGAUAGAUCAUGUCGGUGAUGGAGGGCGUGUGUAAUGGAGAGGAGUCUGAGUCUGAGCUGACGGUGCAGGCGUGUGUGCUGUCCGAGUUCAGCGAGAGCGCAGAGGCUCGAGCUCUCUUCAGCAGCCUGCCGGACAUUCAUCACGACACGGCCAGCAGAGAGGCCAUCAUCGAGAAAUUUGUGGUUAUGAUGGAUCAUUACCAGGAGCAGCCACAUCUUCUGGACCCUCACUUGGAGUGGAUGCUGAACAUGCUGUUAGAGAUGAUCCGCAAUGAGAAGUCGCCACCUCUUCUGGUCCAUCUCUGUUUCAAAUUCCUCUAUAUCAUCUCAAAGGUCAGAGGCUACAAGAUUUUCAUGCAGCUGUUCCCCCACGAGGUGUCGGACGUUCAGCCAGUUCUGGACCUUUUAUGCAGACAGGACCAAAAAGACACUGAGACCUGGGAAACACGCUACAUACUCCUCCUCUGGCUCUCCAUGACAUGUCUCAUUCCCUUUGACUUGUCCCGUCUGGAUGGCCACCUGUCUGCUGACUCCGGGCUGAACAGGGAGACCAUAAUGGAUCGUAUUUUGGCUGUUGCCAAGUCCUUUCUCAGAGUCAGUGACAAAUCUCGAGAUGCUGCAUCAGUGCUUGUAUCAAAGUUUGUGACCCGUCCAGAUGUGAAGCAGAAGCGUCUGGGUGAUUUUCUGGACUGGUGUCUGACCACCAUCUCUCAGACCAGUGAAAUGACCAUGGAGGGAACUGUGGCCCUUGAUGGAGCUUUGCAGUCCCUGGCCCAGCUCUUCAAGCAUGGGAAACGUGAUGACUUCCUGCAGUAUGCCCCCACAGUGCUUCAGUGCCUGAACCAGAAGAGAAUAGCUGAAAGUAACCAGGCCACGUUGCGUAAGCUGGGAGUAAAAGUUGUCCAGAGGCUUGGCUUGACCUGUCUAAAACCACGUUUGGCCAAAUGGAGAUACCAGAGAGGAAGUCGGUCACUCGCCGUGAACCUGGCUCUGUCUUCUGCUACUGGAAGCAUAGAGGAUACAAAACCUGAUCUAGAGUCUGUCAGUCAAGAGGAGGACUAUGACAUCCCUCAGGAAGUAGAGAAUGUCAUUGAACAACUUUUGGUGGGACUGAAAGACAAAGAGACAAUAGUGCGAUGGUCUUCUGCAAAGGGGAUUGGAAGGGUGACUGGUAGACUACCUAAAGAGCUCGCAGAUGAAGUGGUUGAAUCUGUUUUAGAGUGUUUCAGUUUCCAGGAAACGGAUAAUGCUUGGCACGGGGGCUGCCUGGCUCUUGCAGAGCUAGGCCGGAGAGGACUCCUGCUUCCUUCACGUCUUCCAGAUGUGGUGCCUCUGGUUCUAAAAGCGCUGAUAUAUGACGAGAAAAGGGGAGCAUGCAGUUUGGGAUCAAAUGUACGUGAUGCAGCCUGCUACGUGUGCUGGGCUUUUGCCCGUGCCUAUGAGCCAAGCGAACUAAAGCCUUACGUCAACCAGAUUGCCAGUGCGCUGGUCAUCGCAACUGUAUUUGACAGGAACAUCACCUGCAGAAAGGCUGCGUCUGCUGCUUUCCAAGAGAAUGUGGGCAGACAGGGCACCUUCCCCCAUGGCAUAGACAUCGUCACAGCGGCGGACUACUUCACGGUCGGUAACCUGAAUAACUGCUACUUGACUAUCAGUGUCUACAUUGCUGGUUUUGAGGAAUACACCAAACCUUUAAUUGACCACUUGGUGGCUAUGAAAAUCAAUCACUGGGAUGGCGUGAUCAGAGAGCUGGCCACAAAAGCAUUGCAUAAUCUAACUGUCAAGUCUCCUGAAUACAUGGCCAGCACAGUUUUACCCCAGCUGCUGCCCAUGGCAACAGGGAUGGAUUUACACCGCCGCCACGGCGCUAUCCUGGCCUGCGCCGAGAUCACUCACGCUCUCUAUGAGCUGGCCACCCAGAACAAUAGGUCAGUGACUGACUUCCUGUCUUCUGACACCAUUGAAGGCCUUAAAGGCAUUCACCAAAAGCUCUCUGACAGAAAGCAGUACAGGGGAUUUGGUGGAGAGCUAAUGAGACCAGCUGUCUGUGGCCUCAUUGAAAAGCUCUCUCUCUCCAAGAUGCCUUUUAAAGAUGACCCAGUUAUCACUGGUUGGCAGUGGCUAAUAGACGACAGCUUGAAGAACCUUCACCUGUUCUCCGGCGGGGCCAGACGGGGUAUACAGGAUGCCGCGGUCUCUGCAUUGGCAGCGUUGUGUCAGCAGUAUUAUCAGGAAGAACCUGGGAUAGCUGACCUGAAAAUGCAAGAACAGCUGGUUAGUCAAUACCUGUUGGGCCUGGAGAGUCCCGAGGUUCUGACACGCUGUGGCUGCGCUCUCGCCUUGGGCUCGCUGCCUCCAUUUAUGAUCCAUGGCAAACUACAGCAGAUCUUGCCUGGGCUCCAGGCUGCCUGCAGAGUUGCGCAGAAACAGGAGAGUCGAACAGAAGCCAGGAGGGAUGCGGCCACAGCCAUGUCUCAGGUGUGUGUAGCUGUAGGAGUGUGUGCGCAAGGAAGUCCGGACCGCGUCCUGUGUGAGGGCAACAUAAGGCCUGUGUAUGAAGCUUUGCUGGGCUGCAUGAACGACUACAGCACGGACAGCAGAGGGGACGUAGGGGCCUGGGUGAGGGCGGCGGCAAUGAGCAGUCUCAUGGACGUGACCCUGCUGGUGGUGGCAUCUGCUCCAGAGCUCCUCUCCUCUGACCUUGUUCAGCGUAUGAUGUGUUGCCUGGCCCAGCAGGCUGCGGAGAAGAUCGAUAGAUACCGAGCCCAUGCUGGCACCGUUUUCCUGCGUCUGCUUCAUAGCACGGAGCCCGCAAUACCUCACAUUCCCCACCGGGAGGAGCUACUGAGCAUCUUCCCUCCAGAGACAGGAAAGUCCCUCAACUGGAACGCCGCAUCACAAGCCUUUCCUCACAUCAUGCAGCUGCUGCGUCUGCCUCAGUACCAGUACCACACGCUCCUGGGCCUCUCUGUGUCUGUGGGUGGCCUCACCGAAUCUACAGUGCGUUUUUCCUCUCAGUCUUUAUUCGAGUACCUGAAGGGCAUUCAGCAGGAUGCUGCAGCGCUUCAGCAGUUUGGAGACACAUUGUUACGCAUCUUCAGAGAUAACCUGCGCAAUGACAGGGUUUCUAUACCUUUGCUGAAGAUGGUGGACCAAAUUCUCGCUAACGGCUGUUUUGAACUCUUCACCAGCGAGGAGAGUCAUCCUUUUUGUGUAGAGCUGCUGUCGCUCUGUAAGGAGGAAAUCAAGAAGUCCAAAGAUGUCCAGAAGUUGUUGUCAUGUAUAGCUGUGUUCUGUGGAAUGGUGCAGUUCCAGGGGGAUGUGAGGAAGAAUGUCUUGGUGCAGCUGUUGAUUUUGCUCUGUCACCCCUUUCCUGUGAUCAGGAAGACGACUGCUAGCCAGGUAUACGAGAUGCUCUUGACCUACGAUGAUGUCAUUGACGAUGAUCAAGUGCUGGCUGAUGUCAUGGCCUCGCUUAGUGACACUAAUUGGGAAAGUGACAUCGCUACUGUGCGGACCCACAGGAAUCAGCUCUGCGAUUGGUUGGGAGUGCCAAGACCGACUCUGUUAGCCAAGACUUCACCCCAAUAGUACCGUUCAGUCUCACCUGGACAGAAGCAUGUCACCUGAUGGCCUCUCUGCACUGCUUUCUGUCUGGACAUCAGGGCCAGUGUCCUUAUGUCCUCACUGCUGUCAGAUAAUGUUGUCCAUCUAAUCGUAUAUGACCUGUCAUCAUUAAAUUCUUAAGUAAAAUGUCUUUGAUCUCAGUGAUUAAUUUUUUAAAUUAUAAUUUCCCAGUCUAAGCUUACCUUAACUCUCGAGUAGUGAUGCGCGGAUCAGUUCAAACGUCUCCCGAAUCCGCUUUUAAAAAUGUGUCAUCCGCCCGCCACCCACCCGCACCUAUGAUAUUCUCUGAUUUAGAUAUCCACACCUGAUCGUCACAUUACAGCUAUUCAAAUCCUCAGUGUUCAGCGUCAUGAUAUGCUAACAUAUUAUGCUGAACUAGGCUGCUUUUAAAUUAAUUUAGAACUUAUUUAAAGUAUUAAAAGGUCUUCUUUGGCAAAAUUUGGUGUCUUUAGAGGAUUUAAUCCCUUCAAAUUUAAACUGGAAUGUCAUUGUUACCAUCACUGCAACUUUCCGAACACACACACACGUUCAGCCCAAGCAAAGGCUGGAUAUAGGCUUUAUUCAUUUAUUGUCAGUGUUUCGCAGCGGUUACACAUCACAUACCCAACACUUGAUUGGUUAACUACUUCACUAAAACGCUCUUUUCUUUCCUUUCCUUUUUUAAAUUAUCCUUUUUUGAAAUUUAUCUCGUAUUUGUUUUGCCUCCAUUGCUGCUCCACCACGUAAUUGCGUCUGCGAAUUAGUGCCUGAUGAAAAAUUAUUAAGCAAUAUCUCAUGUAGAUUUUCUUCCUAUGUGUUCUAUAAUGUCCACUAGGAGUUGCACUCGGUAAAUGUUUUCCUUUAUUGAUUUUCCCUGAAGAGAUACAUUGUUUAAAAACGUUCAUUGCAUUUUACUGUCAAAUGAGAGUUUGUGCCUUUAUCAAAAUCAAAACAUUCAUGAUUUAUCUCUCAUCCACCUGCGACCCAUCAAUCAAUUGAAUGUUAAUUUUUAUUUCCCGACCCGCGGAUUAGCCGCAGCACCCACGGAUAUAACUGUGAUCCGCGCAUCACUACUCAAUCUAGUUUUAUCUUUUAGUGUUUUUUUUUUUUUUUUUUUUUUUCAAUUAAAUUAUAAAUUAUAUUGCAAAUUAUUGACAUUAUUAGAAAUGAUUUUUCAUGUACAGGUCAUAGCAUUUCAUUCAGAAGCAUGAGGAUCUACUUCCAUAUUUGACUUGUUCCAACAAAAAUUCAAGAAAUCAUUCACCCAAAAAUGAAAAUUCUCAUAAUUUAAGCACCUUCAUGAUUUGAAAACCAAAUCUGUGAACAGAUCAGUUUUUUGUUGCUAUGCUUUUCAAUAAACCGGUUGAAACAGUUCACAA